AUGUGCUACAAGGCAAUCCAAUGGGAUGUGUCAAAGUUGAACUUGGAAACUCCAAAUGAACUAUUCGAGCCUGACGGCCAGACGUGCUCCGCCGACCUCAAAUUCGCGUUUUCAAAGAUCUCGGAUUCUGCAUCAUCAGUCAUCGUGACAAAUUUUAAAGAUGUUGCAGUCUUCUUUAUGAGCAAAGGCGGGCACAUUCCUUUAGGAAGAGACGUUUUUAUGAAGGUAGAAACAUCCGAAAUUCCAGCGACAUUGAGAGUUUUAGCAGCAGCUUGCUUGCUCGAUGCAUUGCCGCCGUUUGGCUAUAUCGAAGGCCCUGAUCUGGACGCUGGAAUCUGGAAUGAGGACAUCAUUCUUCCGAUGGGUCCGCCUCAAAACCCCGACCAACCUUUGCAUUCCGAUGAACACUUGAUUGCUACAUGUCACCGGAAUUCUGACUUUGACCUCGCUACUUUGGUACGAGAUCGCGGCAGGGCUCUCCAGUUUUUUCGAUGGAAUAAACAUAUGCUACAACAUAAAUCCAAACUAGUUGCUCAGGCAAACAGUACCCUACAGGGAAACACAAACCAACGUUUCAAUCCAGCUAUACAUGUUCCACCCCCCUUGUAUCCAUUUGAUCCAUCCGAGAUACCUUCGGACACUAAGAAUCAUCUUCAGAUGAUAUACUGCGAUUCUCCGCUGUCUCAAGGAGGGCUUGACGAUGCGUUAGCACAAAGUAAAUCAUUUACAAUUCGUAUUCAAGACGUGCUAGCGGAAGGAGAGAAGAAGGGAUUUUGCACUGUUUACCGCUGCCAACUGACCUCAAUCGAUGGGCGCUCCGUGUCGUCCUCCCCUUUGCUUUGCUUGAAACUUUUCGACGACCGAUUCCAAGAUUUACAUGAUUUGAUUGACUACGAAGAUCCUAUUCCCCUCUGGUUUGGCCCGGUGUUCUUCGCCGAAGACCGUGCUGAUAUAGAGACAACGGUUUAUGAUAAACUUCGAUCUGUACAGGGAACGGUUGUUCCUUGGUUCUAUGGGCAACAUCAGUUUAUUCUACCUAAUGGAGUGGCCGUUCAAGGACUACUCAUGGAAUACAUCGAUGGAUACCAUCUGAAUUCCGAACGUGUGAAUGAAUUGAGUUAUGCUCAACAGAUCCAAGUUAGUUGUCGCCAUGCUGUCCGUGUUCUGGAUGCAGGCGAUAUUACUCAGAUGGAUUGGCAUGAUGGCCAAUUUUUACUGUAUACACAUCCAACUGCCCAAGUGGAAUGCGUCGUUCUCCUCGACUUUUCAAUGACACAUCAAACCUUCGAGCCAAAUUUCAUUAAUCACCGGCAGAAUUGUUUCAGGAUGAUGCGUGCCCUUCUAAAUUCCGGCCCCCCGUCGGGGGGGCUCGAUUCUGAAUUGAUUUUUCAGUACUACGACAAUCCUGACAAAUGGGAUCCUGUGAUGGCUUUAGUUACGGAUAGGAAAGGGCGGCAAAAAUGGAUGGAAUACACAGGCAGUGUGUUUCCGUAUCUAGAAUUGGAGGAACCGCCAGCUCAACUAGAAGAGGAUAUCAAAAUAUCCUGGAUCAAUGCCAUUUCUCACAUGUCAUCCAGUAAAUGA